AUGUCAAUCACCCGUGUGUUCGACCAAAUUGGGAGAGGCUACAUUAGUGGGACCGGAUAUGAUCAGAGAAACUACCGAGAGUAUGAGAUCGAUUUGCCAACGACUUUUAGAGGCUCAAGAGAGAACAACCGAACAAGUCAAGUAUCGCCACGUCGAGGCUUAUCGUGUUUUGGGAAGAAGGGAAAGCUUUCACCACGUUAUAUUGGUCCGUUCGAUAUUAUCAAGAAAAUCGGAGAGGUUGCAUACCAUUUGGCUUUGCCACUAAGAUUAUCGAAUCUGCACGAUGUGUUCCAUGUCUCUAUGUUGAGAAAGUAUGAAUCAGACCCAUCACAUGUGUUAGAAUGGUCCGAACUCGAAUUGGAAGUUGAUGUAUCUUAUGGGGAAGAGCCAAUACGUAUUCUAGAUUCGCGCGAUCAAGUGUUGAGGGGUAAAACGAUACCGUUGGUUCAAGUCUUGUGGAGUAAUCAGGGUAGCAAGGAGUCCACAUGGGAAAGAAAGGAUGAAGUUAGGGAGAAAUACCCGCACCUAUUUCCAGAAUGA